AACACAAUCUAAGACUUUCUGAAGCAAACCCAAUUGACCUUCUCGAAGAUGAUAUAAUUACGUUUGAAAAUAAUGACCUUGAGUUAAAUGAUACUCAUGAAAUACAAAUAAAGAAUAAUAACGAAGAUAAUGGAAAGA